AUGUCGGAGAUGGAUCUGUGGAAUGUCUGGGUGCGGUGGAGGUCAACGGUGGCCAUGGGGACAGCGAUGCUGGGCGCCGUGCUGCUGCUGCCCCUGUCCCUGCAGCUGGGCCGGGCAUCCCAGCCUUGGGAUGCUCCCUCGAUGGUGGUGGCAGCAACGGAGCGGGAGUUCCUGUCACAGCAAGUGGCAGAAGCUGGGGGGACCCCGAGGCGCCCGCUGGGUGCCCGUUUGCGCCGUGCCCCGGCCGAACCGUGCCAGCUCUGGAGCCUGACCCUGCCCGUGGCCGAGCUGGGCCUGGGCUACGCCUCGGAGGAAAAGGUCAUCUUCCAUUACUGCGCCGGCAGCUGCCUGCGCGGUGCCCGCACCCAGCACGGCCUGACGCUGGCGUGGCUGCAGGGCCAGGGUCGAGCCCACGGGGUGCCCUGCUGCCGACCGACCCGCUACGCCGACGUGGUCUUCCUGGAUGACCGCCUCCGCUGGCAGCGGCUGCCCCAGCUCUCGGCGGCCGCCUGUGGCUGUGGCUAA